GGGUGCGGUGGUGCAGUUUAAUACUUUUCAGGUUCACAGAAGGAGACACUCGGCUAAAGGCGGAAGGACUGACCUCUUGAAGAACUUGGCAUGGGGGACAGUGACGAUGAAUAUGACCGCAGGAGAAGAGACAAAUUUAGACGAGAAAGGAGCGACUAUGACCGGUCCAGGGAGCGAGAAGAGAGACGCAGAGAUGACUGGAAUGACAGGGAAUGGGACAGAGGGCGAGAGCGCAGAAGCCGUGGAGAGUACAGAGAUUAUGAUCGGGGUCGGAGAGAUCGAUUCUCUCCUCCCAGGCAUGAUAUGAGCCCACAGCAGAAACGCAUGAGGCGUGAUUGGGAUGAUCACGGGGGAGAGCCAUAUCGAGGAGGCUAUGAUCUGGGCUAUGGUGGUGCUGGGCCGAGCUAUGGACCACCACAGCAUUGGGGUCAUCCCGAUAUGCAUCUCAUGCAGCCUCAUCAUGGCAUUCCCAUACAAGCAAGGCUGGGUAGCAUUCAUGACAUGGACUUAGGCCCUCCUCCUCCAAUAAUGAAGACCUUCAAGGAGUUCCUGCUGUCUCUGGAUGACUCCGUGGAUGAGACUGAAGCCGUCAAACGCUAUAAUGAGUACAAGCUUGACUUCCGCCGUCAACAGAUGCAGGAUUUCUUUUUGGCUCAUAAAGACGAAGAGUGGUUCAGGUCCAAGUACCAUCCGGAUGAAGCCAGUCGACUUAAGGCUGAAGCCCAGUGUGCCCUCAACAAUCGUCUCAAUGUCUUCACCUUCCUCAUGGAGAACAGCUGGUUUGAUGGAGUAUCCCUGGAUAUUGACCAUAGCCAAGCCAUUAUCAAAGUACUGGAUGCAGCUGUGAUUAAGAUGGAAGGAGGGACUGACCAUGACCUCCGCAUCCUGGACCUUCCCUCUGAAGAAGAGGAAGAGCGGGAAAAACCCUCCCCAGGUGCCCCUGAGCAGCUAAAAAAAGAGGACUCCAAGACCCCAGAGACAGAACAUAAAGAUCCAGUUUCAGGGGGCAAAAAUGAAAAGGAGGAUGAGGAGGAGGAUUCUGUCGGCAAAGAGAAAGCAGAUUCCAAAGCACCAGAAGAAAGCGAGGACGUUAAAGUGGCGGCAAACAAAUCGCCUCCAAAACAGGAACCACCUGAGCCCAAGAAGCCAAGAAGAAAAAGGAAACGAAAUGACAGUGAUGAUGAAGGAAGUGGCUCAGAGAGUGAAUCCGACUCAGAUUCCGACUCAAACUCAAACAGCUCUGAUAACAAACCUGAGAAGAGAGAAGAGGAAGACAAGGAUGAAGAGGAGGAAGAGGGGGAAGACAAGCCUAAAGACUCAGAGGAUGACAAGAAAGAAGAGAAGAAACCCAAAGAUGACUCUCCCAGACCUCGACCACUUCACAAGACCUGCUCCUUGUUUAUGAGAAGCAUUGCUCCCACCAUUUCAAAAGGAGAGAUUAUUGCUCUCUGUCGAAGAUUCCCCGGUUUUCUCCGUGUUUGCUUGUCUGAUCCCCACCCAGAACGCAGAUUUUUUCGAAGAUGCUGGGUGACUUUUGAUCGCAGUGUUAACAUUAAAGAGGUGUGUUGGAGCCUGCAGAAUAUUCGACUAAGAGACUGUGAGCUGGCUCCUGGGGUGAACAGGGACUUGGCUCGGAGGGUGCGCCAUGUGAAUGGGAUCACUCAGCAUAAGCAGGUGCUUCGCAAUGACAUCAAGUUUGCUGCAAAGCUGAUUCAUGCUUUGGAUGAGAAAGGGGAAUUGUGGAGCAACAAAACCCAGGAAGAGAGUCCUGAGCUGCCAGCUCAGAACCCCAUCCUGAGGAACAUCACAGAUUACCUGAUAGAGGAGGUGAGUGCUGAAGAGGAGGAGCUUCUGGGCACUGGGCUGGAUCCAGAGGAGGGCAAUAAGGAGGGAAAUCCCACAGAGAUGACUGUGGAGAGGGACGACAAGCUUGCCAAGGUUUUAGAUCAUCUGUUGUUGUAUCUUCGUAUUGUGCACUCCAUUGACUACUACAACACUUGUGAAUACCCAAGUGAGGAUGACAUGCCCAAUCGCUGUGGGAUGAUUCAUGUGCGCGGGCCUAUUCCUCCUAACCGUAUCACACAGGGAGAGGUGCAACAGUGGCAGAAGAUGAUGGAAGAGAAACUCAGUCCAUUGUUUAGCUUGAAAGAAGUGCUCUCUGAGGAGGAGGCAGUGAAGAUGGGGCGAAAGGAUCCUGAAGAGGAAGUGGAGAAGUUUGUGUUGGCUAACACUCAAGAGCUGGGAAAGGACAAGUGGCUCUGCCCCCUCAGUGGUAAAAAGUUUAAGGGCCCUGAGUUUGUGCGAAAGCACAUUUUAAACAAACAUGGGGACAAAAUUGAAGAAGUCAAAAAAGAGGUGGUUUUCUUUAACAACUUUUUAAUGGAUGCAAAGAGACCCUCACUACCAGAGCUGAAGCUGCCUCCUCUGCCCGGCCCAGGUAUACUUUCUCCAGGCAUCCCCUUCCCUCCUCAGGGACCCCAGGGUCCUAUAGGCUUUGGACAACCUCGUCCUCCACUAAUGGGCUAUGGUGGGCCUCCCUAUCCCCCAAACCAGUAUGGAGGAGGCAGAGGGAACUAUGACAACUUUCGUGGUCAAGGUGGCUAUUUGGGAAAGCCACGCAACCUUAGGUGAGAGCACUGAUGUCAAGAGGUGAUCCACGCAACAUUAUUGAGUAUCGUGACCUGGAUGCCCCAGAUGAUAUGGACUUCUUCUAGGUUUGUCUGAUUGGAGUACACCUUAGCCCUGUGUCCUGCUUAAUAAAUGUAGUUACUGAAUUGUUA